AUGCUGCCACUGAGGGACAACCCCUUCGUCACCAUCCUGUUGCCGCUCGCCUGCGCCGACGACCUGCUCAUGCACGCCAUCCUGGCCUUCAGCGGCAGCCACCUGGCGUGCAAGGAGCCAGGCAGUCCAGUCGCCACGGCCACCGAGCUGCACUACGCGCGGUUGAUUGGCGGGCUGCGGAGCGAGCUGGCUCGCCUACUACGAGAAGGGGAAUCAGGCGAGCAGGCUGUGAGGCUGCUCCCGAUCUUGAUGGUGGCCUCACACUACGAGGCCAUCUCUGGCGACGCCCAAGGGGCCAUGUUCAGCCACCUUCGGGCUUGCCGCUCGCUCAUCAUGUCGUUAACGGGUCCCAACGGCAGCGGCAAGAGCCUCCCGCCCAGCAUCAUGCGCGACUCCUUGGGCUUCAGCAUCGAGCUGUACACCUACAUUUCUGUCAACAACAUGCUAACAUACCAAGGCCACCUCGCCGACGCCGACACGGCCUCGGAUCCUUUCGUCGUGCCCCUGGAAGACAUGGCCGCGUUCCCAACCUUUGGCGCCCUGUUUGCCGGCGGCCACGAGCUCUUCCGGCUGGUGCCCCAGGUCUCCCGGCUGGCGUCGCGGCGCCUGGCCCAGGAGACGGACCCUCCCACGCCGCCCAGCAGCACGCUCCAGGCCGCGCACGACGACUUGCUCGCGCGCAUAACCUCGUGGACGAUGCCGCAGCAGCCGCGCGCCGCCGAGACGGCGUCCGAGUGGGGCGACCGGGCCACGGCGGCCGAGGCGUUCCGGCAGGGCCUGCUGACAUACCUCGCAGCGGCGGCGGGCGGGUCGCGCGUGGCGUCGGACGCGGGGGCCAUGGGCGCCAUCGGGCGGUGCGCGGGCGCCUUCUACGGGCACGCGCUGCGCCUGCAGCUGGCGCCCGCGCCCUACACGGUGUCGCUCAUGUGGCCGACCAUGAUGGUGGGCUCGUGCAUGGUGGACGCGGCCCAGCGCGAGACGCUGGAGCGCGGGUUGCGGCGCGGCCGCUUCGCCAUGCGCCACCUCGGCGUCAUGGCAGACGUGCUGCGGCUGCUGUGGGACGACCCGGACCCGCGCGCCUUUGGGCCGAACGGGCUGCGGUUGAUCAUGAGAAAGCACGGCAUCACGUUUGGGGUGGUGUAG